UUCAGUUGCUUCUUCAUAUACGGCUCAUCCAGAAUCAUUUGUGUAUACGUGAUCUUGAACUUUUCUCGCCAUUUUAUCCCAUGGCUUCUUCUUCGCCCCGCACCUGGAGAUACCGCGUCUCUGCAAGCUUCCACGGAGCUGACGUCCGUAAAACAUUUCUGAGUCAUUUACGUAAAGAGUUUAACUACAAUGGAAUCACGAUGUUCGAUGAUCAAGGGAUCGAGAGAAGCCAAACCAUCGCACCUGCUCUCACACAAGCGAUUAGGGAAUCAAGAAUCUCAAUCGUCUUGCUAUCGAAGAACUAUGCUUCUUCGAGAUGGUGCUUGGACGAGCUGUUGGAGAUUAUCGAGUGUAAGGAAUCUAUGGGACAAAUAGUGAUGACGGUCUUCUAUGGAGUAGAUCCAUCUGAUGUGCGGAAACAGACGGGAGAGUUUGGGAUGGCUUUCACUGAAACGUGUUCCCGAAGUACGAAAGAGAAGAGGCAAAGAUGGAGUCAAGCUUUGAACCAUAUGGGAAACAUAGCUUUGAACCAUGUGGGAAGCUCUAUUGGACAGGCUAGAAACUAGCAUUGAUCGAAAUAUCGAGGGAGCACUUAGAGUUGGGUAUGAUUGUUUACAUGAGGAAGAACAAGCUCUAUUUCUCUAUGUUGCGGUCUUUUUCAACUACCACAAAGAUGAUCAUGUGAUUGCAAUGCUCGCUGACAGUAACUUGGAUGUCAAAAACGGGUUGAAAAUCCUAACCAAUAAAUCACUUAUUCAUACAUCUACUAGUGGGAUUAUAGUAAUGCACAAAUUACUACAACUAGUGGGUAGACAAGCAAUUCAUAGACAAGAGCCUUGGAAACGCAACAUCUUAAUUGAUGCAGAUGAGAUUUGUUAUGUCCUCGAGAAUGAUAAAGAUAGUAGAGCUGCUUUAGGCAUAUCCCUUGAUACAUCUCGAAUCAAGAAAGUGUUCAUAAAUAAGGGAGUUUUCAAAAGAAUGCGUAAUCUUCAAUUCCUAAGUAUCUACAAUACAAGAAAUGUCAAAAAUGAUCGAGUGGACAUACAUGAGGACUUUGAGUUUCCACCUCAUCUAAGGUUAUUUCGUUGGGAAGCAUACCCAAGAAAUGCUCUUCCUACUACAUUUCAUCCAGAAUAUCUUGUAGGGCUUGAUUUGCAGGAGAGCCAUCUUGAGAAGCUUUGGCAAGGAACACAGGUUAAACUAUUUACUUGGAAUAUAAUUAUGUUUUUUCUUUGCUUGUGUUUUAAAACAGCCACUUCCAAAUCUCAAGAAAAUGGAUUUGACACGAUCCUCUCAUUUAAAGGAACUUCCAGAUCUUUCAAAUGCUACAAAUCUCCAGAGAUUGGAACUGAGUCAUUGCAAGAGUUUGGUAGAGAUUCCUUCCUCCUUUUCGGAACUUAGAAAACUACAUACGUUGGUAAUACACAACUGCACAAAGCUAGAAGUUGUUCCAACUCUCAUCAACUUGGCGUCUCUUGAUUUCGUCAACAUGUAUGGAUGCUCACAACUGAAAAGUUUUCCAAGUAUUUCUACGCACAUCUCAUGGCUCUUUAUGGAUGACACACUGGUAGAAGAACUACCUAAAUCAAUAAUGCUUUGCACUCGUCUUACGACUCUCCUUAUAAGAGGUAGUGGAAACUUAAAGACAUUAAAACAUCUCCAUGAAAGUCUAACGUAUCUAGACCUAAGGUGUACGAGUAUUGAGGAGAUUCCAGAUUGGAUCGAAGAUCUUCUUGAGCUAAACUUUCUUCAUAUAGGGGGCUGUAGAAAACUCAAAUCUUUGCCACAGCUUCCUAUUACGCUCAAGUGGUUAAAUGCAUGUGACUGCGAAUCACUAGAGAGUGUAACUUUCGCGUUAAGCUUAAAUUCGUAUGUGGACUACAAUUUCACCAAUUGCUUCAAACUGAACGAAGAAGCACGAAAAGAUAUUAUCCAACAAUCCUUCUUUCAAAGAUUGAGAGUUUUACCAGGAAGUGAAGUGCCCGCGACGUUCGAGCACCAAGCUAACGGGAAUUUCUUGACCAUUCGUCCAGAGAGUGAUACUCAUUUUACUGCAUCCACAAGAUUUAAAGCAUGCAUCGUGAUUUCCCCUACAGGGGUGAUC